AUGCACACUCACAAUCUUUCUCAGCACGUGCAUAGGAUUGGGUAUCAUUUUCCGAGUGCUAUUGUUGCGACUGUAUGUAUGGAUUUAGGUCUCUAUCUCACACCAACAGGCAAGGCAAUGCCAUUCCAAAGCAUUGGCUAUACACAAAAUCGCAAACGCACUAACUCAGAGUGUUCUCAAACAACCAUCAACACUGAGGCUCGGGACGUGUUGAAAGAUCUUUUUCCUAAUAUACCAGACAACGAUCUCAACCAAAUUAUCAAGACUGCGUUUCAAAAAGGUCAACGCAAAGUGGGCACGGCAGUUGAGUUACCCCUCGCUCGCCGAGCGCAACUAGCAGUCGUGGCCCAUAUCCGACAUGUGUAUACUGAUUACGAUCGUCUUCUUAAAACCACGUCAUUCCACGAGGCUAGAAGUAUUGUUGAAGAACCUACCUUAGCCAAAUUGGUGGAAUGGAGGGGCGAUGACGAAAACGGGAAAACAGUCCUGGAGGACGUCUUCCGUGAAGUCAUUGUUAUUUCUGAUGAUGAAGAUAGUGAUACUGAAGGUGACAUGCCUCAGACUAUGGAUCGGGACUACAGUGUGGAGAUCUUUUCGAGCCAUCCACGUGCAGAAGACCUUCAAAUGAAGCCAGUCAACUACGCAAACUCUACCUAUCGAGAACAUCACCUGGAAACCUCGGAUGAGGAAGCCCCGCCGGGUUUUCAUUUCAUUCGAAUAGCUCCUAAAAAGUCCAAAAUUGACCGGCGCGGCUUCAGCAGGUACCAGGCCUGGGACCGCGCCAUCCAUCGGUAUAGGAAUGCAGCCAACGGGACUGACCAACGCAAGCUUUAUGCCAGUUCUCCUAAUCAGGGAAGACAUGUAUAUGCUGCACAGCAACCUUGGCAGGAUAACUACGGGGUUAAUAGGGAUCUUGCUCCAGUCCAAGCCGUUCUUCAUCGGCAGAUUUCCGCCGCACCGUACGGGAACGCGAUUACUGGGCCGCACAUAUCAGCUAUCGACCCUGUAGUAGAACGCCGUUGGCCCUAA